AUGACUCUUUACGAAUAUUUAUUAAAACCAGUUAAAUCAAUUAGGAAAAAUUUGCAUAUACGUUGUCUUUCUGAAAUUGUUAAACAAUUUUCAAAAUUUUCUUCUCGUGAUGAACUUAUUGAAUAUUCUCAACGUCCUAUUGAAUAUUGUUAUGGAAAUCGUAUGAUAGAAGCAUGUUCACCAAAUAAUUCAACACCUAUUAAUCUAAUAAAACUUGCAUCAGAUCUUCGUAAUCAAUUAUUAGUACGUAUAGCACAUUGUAUACAUCAUUUUCAAUCAUUACCAUUUUUACCAGCUGCUAAUCCAACAUUAUUAUCAUUACAUGAACGUUAUUUAAAAUUAUUUGAAAAAUUAACAUUUUUUUCCAUAAUAAAAACCAAUGAAGAUGAAGAAAAAUUUUUUAAUUUAAUUAAUAUGUUUAUAUUACAAAGUAAUGAUAUUAUUGGACACUUAUCAAUUGGUUGUAGAGAAGCAGAAAAACAUUUUAAAUCAUAUAAAAUAAUGGAAGAAUUUCUUGAUAAUGUUUUACAAAAUCGUUUAUCAAUGCGUUUACUUGCUGACCAUUAUCUUGAAUUACAUAAACAACAAAAGAAAAAAGACUUCAAUAAUAAUUGGCGUGGUGCUAUUUGUAUGAAUUUUUCACCAGCUAAAGCUGUUCAACAAUGUAUUGAUGAUGUUUCAUCAAUUUGUUUUGAAACAUAUAGUGUAGUACCAUAUGUUCAAAUAGAAAAUUGUAUGCAUAAACCUUUACCUUAUUUUCCUUCUGUCGUUGAAUAUAUUUUACGUGAAUUAUUAAAAAAUUCUAUGCGUGCUAUUGUUGAAUACAAUAAAGUCUUAUUAGGUAAUAUGCAACACGUAAAAAAUUUUUUUAAUGAAAAUCGACAAGAUGCAUUAUGUAAAAUUUUUAUCACAUCAGAUCCUAAUGAUGAACAUUUUACUAUUGCAAUUCAAGAUCAAGGUGGUGGAAUUGAUGAAAUAAAUGAAACAUUAUUUCGAUAUAUGUUUACGGGUGAUAUAAAAGAAAAAGAAGAAGAAGAAACGAAUGUCAUAGCUGAUUUUCAAGAACGUAUGAUACAAUCAUCGCAACAAAUGUAUGGUCAUGGAAUUGGUCUUCCUAUUUGUCGUCUCUAUGCACAAUCUUUUGGUGGUUCUCUGUCAUUACGACAAGUAGCACGUAUUGGCGUCGAUGUAUAUCUUCGUCUAGGUUUUAUUCAUACAAAUUCUGAGCGUGUAAAGAUCUGA